UCCUUAAAUGCUGCCAAUUGUAAUGUCACUUUUUAAUUCUUCCUAAAAAAUUAACUUUACGCUUUCCAGAAAUCAAAACAAAAUUUUGUAUACAAAAAUUAUGGAUUCUGAAAAAAGUGAAAUAAAUUGGCAACUUAUUUGCCGAAUAUGUUUACAAAAUUCAAAUUCAGACAUGAAACACAUAUUUGGUGAUACGUCCCUACCCAAUGAAGAAGACAUUGUUGAGAAGAUCAUUAAAUGUGGAGGAGUCCCAGUUCAAAUAGAGGAUAGAAUGCCCGAUAGAAUAUGUAAUCAAUGCGUGAUAGACCUCGAAGUAGCAUUUAAUUUCCGAAACACUUGCCAAGCAUCCUACUACCAAAUGCUCAAAUUCAUAAAAUCCAGAGAACAAGCCAAAGAAGUUAAGGUUGAAGUAGAUGUCGAUGCCGAUGCCGAAACUGAACAGGAUUUUAUCAAAGAGGAAGCAAUCAUAUAUGAAUCUGCCUUCUCUCCUGAAACCGAAACAAACGAGUUUCAUGAAACAUUAGACAAUGGUUUUUCUCCCGAAGAUUUGCUACCCAUUGCAGAAACUAAACAAACUCCUGAAGAGGUUACAAUCGAUCCUACAGACGAUGAGAAAGUACAAGUAGAAAAUAUUAAAGAAACCAAACAUAAAUCCAAGAGUAGAUCGAAAAGGGAAAAGAAAAACGGAGUUAGAGGACGAAAACCUCAUCCCAUAAAUAAGUUUAUCUGUCACAUAUGUGGCAACAUGUAUGACAUGCAAUCAAGACUUAGCCAACACAUAAAACGACACACCGAGGAAAAAGAGCAUGAAUGCGAAAUUUGCGGUAAAAAAUUCUCAUCUGCUGCCCAAAUUCCCAGGCACAUGAACACACAUACAGGAAACAGGCCAUACAAAUGUAAAUUCUGUACAAGCAGUUUUGCGGAUAGUUCAACACGAAACAAACACGAAAGGAUACAUACCAAUGAACGACCAUUUAAGUGUCAAGAAUGCGGGAAGUGUUUUGCCUACACGAAUGUACUUAAAGUCCAUAUGUCAAUCCACACCGGCGAGAGACCGUACAGUUGUUCAGUUUGCGAUAAGAGAUUUAGUCAGCGACAUCAUCAGCAAUCGCAUGAAAGAACCCAUUACAAUUUUAAUGGAAGAAAUGCUAAGAUACAGUAACAUCGUUGCAUCGAUUGUUUUUCAUAUACGGUACACGGCUUGUCUACGUACCCUGUAGGUUAGGCUAAGAUUGUUUAAGACAGAAAAAAAGAUCAUAAAACAAUGAUGUAAUUUAAGAUUUAUAAAAUGAUACAUCAGUACCAAGGAACAAAAAAAAGAAAUUAAAAACAGAUUCAAACUUUCCAUU